AUGUAUUUAUAUUUAUAUAGUUUUGCUAUUUUAAUCUUUAUAACUGGUGUUGAAAGUAUGAAAUCAUCAUCUGUUGUAGUUAUUGGACAUCGUGGUGCAUCUGGUUAUCUUCCAGAACAUACAUUACCUGCUAAAGCUCUUGCCUAUGGUCAAGGUGUUGAUUAUCUUGAACAAGAUGUUGCUUUAUCUAAAGAUAAUAUACCUAUUGUUAUUCAUGAUAUAUAUUUAGAUGAAAUUAGUAAUGUUGCUACUGCAUUUCGUGGACAAAACCGUUCUAAUGGCCGUUAUUAUGUUAUUGAUUUUACAGCUGCAGAAAUUAAGACAUUACGUGCUAGUGAACGUUUUAAUCAUGAAACAGGCAAACCAAUAUUUUCAGGUCGUUUUCCUCUUAAUCAGUCGACAUUUCAUUUAGUUACUCUAGCUGAAGAACUUGAAUUUAUUGCAGGUCUUAAUAAAGCAAAUAUCGAUAAUAAUAAACAAGUUGGUGUCUAUGUUGAAAUUAAAGAACCACAAUUUCAUCAAGAUGAAAAUCGAUCAAAUAUGAGUGAAAUUGUCCUUGAUAUAUUAAAAAAAUAUAAUUAUACAAAACGUACAGAUAAUAUAUAUUUACAAUGUUUUAAAAUAGAAGAAUUACGACGUAUACGUGUAGAACUUAAAUCAGAUUUAAAACUUAUUGGUUUAUUAACCGAUAAUAAAUAUCGAAGUGAAUAUAGUAAAACUGAUUUUAAAUAUUGGACAAGUAGUGUAGGAAUAGAAGAGAUGUCUCAAUUUGUUAAUGGUAUAGGUCCACAUUAUAAACAAUUAUUUCAAGAAAAUAAUGGUUUACAACCAACUGAAUUAUAUACUGCAGCUCGAAAAUCUAAUUUGUUAAUUCAUCCAUAUACAUUUCGAAGUGAUGACGUUCAACAACCAUUUACAACAUUUGAUAAUAUGUUACAAUAUUUUAUUAAUGAAUUAAAAAUCGAUGGAUUAUUUACUGAUCAACCAGAUAAAGCAAUUAAAUAUAUAAAAUCUAAACAAGAACAACACAAUAAAGGAAUAAAACUUGAAAAUUUUUCUUUUUCUAUAUUAAUUAUAUCGUUCUUAUUAACAAAAUGA